AUGAGUGUUUUUAGAAAUUUAGAAGAUAAAUUCCAGUUACCCAAGGGGUGGGCACUUCCAAGAAAUACAAGAUUCGGCAAAAAAGGUGUUAAAAAUAAAAUCAAAAUUAAGGUUGUUAGUAUUUUAAAACAACCUUUUCUGAAUAGUAAUCUAAACCCCAAGGACAAAUUAAUGGCCAAAGAGAUGUAUGAAGAAUUAUUAAGGUUUGCACAUUCUUUGACACAAUCUAAAACUGGAUUGGAUGAUACUCAAGAAAAUUUAACCAGAAAGAAACAGUCAUUGAGCUUGAAACUUUUAAAGCAACAAGCUCUUCAUCAAAUACCAAAGAUUAGAGUUAGAGAGAAUUAA